AUGACAACUGCAUAUCAGCCAAUUUUAAUUGUUCGAGGUUAUGACCCAUAUGAUAUAAGCUCUGUGAUAUUAGUACUAUUGUAUUGUUUAGGGUCUAAAGAUUUGACCCCAAAUAUAAUACUUGGAAUAUUACAAUUAACGCCAAAGGCUAAUUCCAUCGGAGUUGGACUGCCUACAUUGGAAAACUUUGUGAAAUAUUUAUUGAAGGUUAGCACAAAAAGAAUUACAGUCAAUCUUUUACAUAUACUUUUCUCGAUUACAAAUUAUGAUCAAAUACAAGAUCUAAUACAUUUAUUACAAGAGGCAAUUGUCACUUCUUUAGACCAACAAAGGGUUUCUUCGAGAUUUGAUCGUCUUCUUUGUGUGGAUAGUGCUAUUUAUGAUCUGUUACCUCGAAUAAUUGUGGACUCCAGUUACGAACACUACUUUGUAGAAGAUGUCGUCCAAAUCAUACAAUCUUUGGAAAGCUUUAAGUUAAGAUUUACUCACUGUGAUAUUUACAAGGAAUUUGAAUCUGAGAUAUUCAAGCCCAAUAGUAUACUAGAUCAGAUAUUUUCUCAUCCCAACCCAAAUGAUUGCGAAGUAUCUCCUUUUAUAACAGUUGAAAAUAACGGAAAUACAAUCCCAUGGUUAGUUGUAUCUGGUGAGAAGUUUAGUAUUUUGCUCAACUAUGUUGUUCAAUUAGCAAUAUCAAAUUCUACUUCAGAUGAUCUAGCAGGGAGUAUUAUUGAAUAUACCUCCUUCAAUGAUAGAACGCGAUUUCCAGACAUUAUACUUCUUGAAAUGAUUCAUUACAGAAAAAUUAAGGAUUACGAAAAAACCAUAGAAAGAAUAUAUCAAUAUUUUGAUUACUGUAGAAACUCUAACAUAGCAGUAACGUCAUCCUCAAAUUUUUCUCACAUAUGCCAAACAUUUGUGCUCAGUAGUUUGCAUCAAGAUCAUGGAUCUCCCGAAGUUGCUUUGAAAAGUCUUCAUGAACUAAUAGAGACUAUACGAGAAAAGUCUGGUUUACAUGGUUUGUGUAAUUUGUGGGAUGUUCUCAUACACCAUAUUUUCAUACAACCUGGUGACUUAAGCUCAUUACAAAGGAGUAUACAUGAUUUACUAAAACCAUUUAAUGACAAUCAAAGUACUUCACCAGAAAUGCUUCAGUACUUCUUCACUUCACAGCUCGUACUUAACCUACAUGAAGUUGGUUAUGUGCCCAAAGUUUUAGAACUUUUAUCCACAGUCAUUGCAAUUUCAAGUGGUGGAUUGACAGACGACAAACAUAGGGUCACAGCCGAAGUUUUAAGUUUAGCAUGGUCCUUUUUGGGCUUCGAUGAUAUUGGAUCUUGUUACAGUGAACUAAUACCAACAAAUAGAAAUAAGCAAAAACAACUACAAAGAAUUGAAAAACUAGUCAAUAAUAAAUUCUAUACAGAAGCAGUAAGUGCUGUAGAAAAAAUGAUCGAGGAAACAGAGAGAAAUGAUGAAGGUAUGACAUGGAAAUUCUCAUUUAUGAGAAAGAAGAUAGAAGUAAUGUUAGCUGCCGGAAACCCAGCUAGAGCACAUCCUUUAAUUAUAAAAUAUACAGAAAAAUGUCGCGAAACUAAAAACGAUUAUGAGCUUUCAUAUGCUAUAUUGUACAUGGCAAGGCUCUUGAAUGGAUGGAAACAAUAUAAAGACAGUUACAAAUUGUUGAGUGCAAAUAUUCAUAUAAUUUUUCAAUAUUCUCAGUCUUUAAAAGACCAGGCGAAUAUAUUGUACAAGGAAGCUCAAAACGGUUUGAGUAUGAGUUGA